AUGACAAGAGAAAAUUGUAAAGCUAAACUUGCCGUGGUUAGGUUAAAAACGGGAAAAUUUGUCAUCACUGUAUUUGUUGAAGAACACAGUCAUCCAUUAUCAACCCCUCGAAGAGUGCAUUUAUUGAGGUCACAUCGUAGUGUGUCUGAAGCCAAGAAGUCACUAACCUUGCAGUUUUCAGCAGCAAAUGUGCCAACUCAUCAACAAAUAAGCAUUAUUGAAUUUGAAGCUAGAGGUAUAGAGAAUAUUGGGUGUACAAAGAAGGAUAUAUAUAACCAUGAAACUAAGGUGCGAAAUGAAUUAAAAGGACAAGAUGCAGAACUUUUAAAGGAAUAUUUCCUAACCGAGCAAGAAAAGGAUCCAUGUUUCUUUUUUAAAAUAGAUGUAGAUGAUGAUGGUAAAUUGAAACAUUGUUUUUGGGCUGAUUUGGUGUCUAGAAGAGCUUAUGGAUGUUUUGGUGAUGUAGUUGUAUUUGAUACAACUUACAACACUAAUCAAUAUGGUAUGAUAUUGGCAUCCUUGGUGGGGGUGAACAAUCAUGGUCAAAUGAUGCUUUUUGCAUGUGCUUUUUUAAGUGAUGAAAAAACAGAAUCGUUUGUUUGGUUGUUUGAGCUAUUAAAGGAUAACAUGCCGACGAACAACCCAAAGAUGAUCAUUACUGAUCAAGAUCCUGCAAUGAAAAAGGCUAUAGUUCAGAGCUUACCAAAUACAUUUCAUAGGUAUUGUAGUUGGUACAUACUUGAGAAGUUCUCUACUUAUUUAAAUGCAAUCACCUAUAGAGAUUUUUAUAAGGACUUCCAACAAUGCAUUUGGGAAUUAGAAUGCCCUGAAGAGUUUGAAAGAAAAUGGGUGACUACCAUCGAGAAGGCAAACCUAGAUAACAAUGAUUGGUUAAAAUCAAUAUUUGAGCUACGUUCAAGAUGGGUGCUUGCAUAUGUUAACCAUAUAUUCUCAGCUAGAAUGUCAAGUAGCUAA